UCACAUGAUGCAUGUGAAUGAAGACUUGGCUUUAAUUUGCUUGGAUACUUUUCUCUCUUGUUCGUCACCACUACAUACAGCACCUGAAAAAUGAAGAGCAUUCUUUCUAAUAAACCAUGCUUCACUAUUCUUCUUACUGUUUUUGUUGUAGUAGCAAUUCAUCAUGUUGAAUGCCGCAUUCUCCACACAUACACUACUAGUCCUUAUGAUGAGUUAUUAGUCUCUGAUGGAGUUGAUAAUAAUAAUAAUAAUAAUGAAAGACAAGAGGUUUUUGUUGUUGAUGAGUCUUCUUCUGGUGGGAAGUAUUGCAAACAAAUGUAUGGGUUCUUGCCAUGUUCCAACAACAUUUUUGGUCACUUGUUCCUGAUAUUGGUGUAUGAGUACUUGUUGUUCCAUGGUGAAUCAUACUUGGCUGCUGGUGGUGAACAAAUCUUCAAGAUUCUUGGACCUGGUGUCUUUGGUGCUAGUGCCUUUGACAUUCUUGGUGCUCUUCCUGAGUCUUUAAUUCUAGUUGUGACUGGACUUUCAAGUGAUAAGGAGAGUGCACAAGAGUAUGCUUCAACUGGAGUUGGUUUGUUGGCUGGUUCUUCUAUCUUGCUUCUCACUGUUGUGUGGGGAACCUGUGUCAUCAUUGGCAAGCAAAAGUUGAAACUUGACUCUGAUUCUGAUGCUACAAACUCAUCAUGUGGAGGGAUAAAAGAAUCACUUACAUGUUAUGGAAUUACCAUGGAUGUGGACACAAGAAAGAUGGCAAGAAAUAUGGUUUUCUCAGUGACACCACUGAUUAUAAUGCAGAUUACCAAUUUGUUCCCAAACUCUUCCACACUGCGCAAUGUGACAUUAAUGAUUGCUUUUAUUGUAGCUGUCAUUUUCCUCAUCUCAUACUUCAUUUACCAGGUAUUCAAACCUCAGAUAGAGAAAACAAGACUAGAGUAUAUAAAACAUGAUGAUUUGAUAUUAAGAAUAUUGCAACGUGUUGAAAAGCAAACUCUGCAAAAGAUUUUGGCUGAGGAUGGCACUCCUAAUGUUAAUGCCAUAAGUGGGCUAUAUCAAGAAAUUAGUCAACAUGAGGGCAAGGAUUUAUCAGCAUCAGAAGUAAAAGAGUUACUACUCAAGAACAAAUUAUCAGACACAAACAUCAAAGAGGAACAGAUAGCAGACAUGUUGAAGAUUUUUGACAAAAAUGGUGACCAAAUUAUAACCAAGGAAGAAUUUGUGAGUGGCUUGACAGAAUAUAUUAACCAAACAAAACAUGCUUUGGAUAGACAAUACCUCCCAAAAGAAUCACUCAACAAAGUUUAUCAGACAUUUAUCAAGCCAUGGAUUGAACAUGUGAGGAAAGAAAGAGAAUUGAAGGGACAUCUUGUAUCUCAAGUCUUGAAGCAUGUCCAGAGUGAGGAUGUGGUUGGCAGGCUCCUUAAUGAUGAUGGCACAGCCGAUAAAGCCGCCAUUAGAAGGCUAUUUGAGGAAGUUGAUGUCAAUGGAGAUAACCAUGUUUCAAGAUCUGAGCUAGAAAGAAUAGUGAAAGACAUCCAUUUUAGUAAGGCUGUCGAUGCGGAGGAGGCACUCUCGAAACUUGUUCAAGAUCUUGAUGUCAAUAGAGACAAUGAAAUCAGCGAGAAAGAAUUUGUUGAUGGUUUCACAAAAUGGAUAAACUCAAAUUCUAGCCAAGCUGCUAAUUCAAAAUCUUCAUCUCAUGGAACUCAUCAAACAUGGGAAGAUGUUGAGAAGGUGAUGGAACAAAACCAAAGCAAAGGAGCAUCUGCAUGGUUGGAGGCUAUAGGAUAUGUGGUGUUGGGAAUUACCAUGUUGUCCCUUCUUGCAGAGCCACUCAUAGCAAGUGUCCAGAACUUCUCUGAAGAAGCAGGACUUUCUUCUUUUUCCAUCUCAUUUAUCUUGGUACCUCUGGCCACAAAUUUCAGAGAAGCAACUGCAGCAAUCAAAGAAGCUAGUCACAAGAAGAGCAGCAACACUUGUCAAACAAUAUAUGAGAUAUAUGGAGCAGUGUUCAUGAACAACAUUCUUGGAUUUGUGGUGAUAUCUAUUCUGAUAUAUGUGAGGGACAUAACUUGGGAAUUCUCAGCAGAUGUUCUUGUUGUGGCCAUUGUUUGUGCUGUCAUGGGGAUUGCUGCUAGUUUCCGCACCACUUUCCCUCUUUGGACAUCAAUCCCUGCAUACCUCUUAUACCUCAUCUCAUUGCUCUUUGUUUUUGUUCUCAAAGAUAUCUUCAACUAUAUUUAGUGAAUCAACUAUUAGAAUCUAGAGAGUGAGACCAACUAAACUAACCGACUUUGGUUUUGUGAGCAAGUAUUAUUAAGUGGAAUGAAUUGUCAAAUGUAUCACACAAUGCAUGUUAGAUUGCUUUAUAUGAAAAGACAAUCACAUAAUA